GGCGGCGAGUCCCUAGUCCUGCCCCUUGCCCUACCUCCCCUGGGAGGAUUAGAGCCAAUCCCUAAUUUCCCCAGCCAUGGAGAAGGCGAGGCUGUUGCUAGUCGGCUGUGCCAGCGCGUGGAAAUCAGUACGGAUGGCCAGCUCAGGGGCGACCCACCGGGAACCGCUCGCAAAUAAGGUGGCCCUCGUAACGGCCUCCACCGAUGGGAUCGGCCUGGCCAUCGCAAGGCGACUGGCCCAGGAUGGGGCCCACGUGGUCAUCAGCAGUCGGAAGCAGCAGAACGUGGACCGGGCAGUGGCUGCGCUGCAGGGGGAGGGGCUGAGCGUGACGGGUACCGUGUGCCAUGUGGGGAAGGCCGAGGAGCGGGAGCGGCUGGUGACCACGGCUGUGAACCUUCAUGGAGGUAUCGACAUCCUGGUCUCCAAUGCUGCUGUCAACCCUUUCUUUGGAAACCUAAUGGAUGCCACCGAGGAGGUGUGGGACAAGAUCCUGGACAUCAAUGUGAAGGCCGCAGCCCUACUGACAAAGGCAGUGGUACCAGAGAUGGAGAAACGAGGAGGCGGCUCAGUGGUGCUUGUGUCCUCCUUAGGAGCCUUCAGUCCAUUUCCUGGCCUGGGCCCUUAUAAUGUUAGUAAAACAGCCUUGGUGGGCCUCACCAAAAACCUGGCCAUAGAGCUGGCCCCAAAGAACAUUAGGGUGAACUGCCUGGCUCCUGGACUCAUCAAGACUAACUUCAGCAGUGCGCUCUGGAAAGACAAGGCAAGAGAGGAAAGUAUAAAAGAAUACAUGCGGAUAAGAAGGAUAGGCAAACCGGAGGAGUGUGCAGGCAUCGUGUCUUUCAUGUGCUCUGAAGAUGCCAGCUACAUCACUGGGGAGACAGUGGUGGUGAGUGGAGGAAGCCCAUCCCGGCUCUGAGGACCUGGAGACAGCCCACCAUGGCAGAGAGUGGGCUCCCACUCCUGGGUGCUGGCCCAGCAUUCAUCCACUGUCCUUCCCUACAUCUGCCUAUCAUCUUGCUCACCCACCACAUCAGUUCUGCUCUGUGAAGAGAAACAGCCUGCUCAGCCGUCCAGGUGUGUGCUGAGGAUUCCCACUGUUGCUGUGGCCUUGGCUAAAGCCUUCCCCUGAGAAUACAGGACAGGCCUGAUGAGAAGGCCGAGUCUACUUUGGCAAAGAGCAACUAAUACAUUUUUUUCUGGGCCUCUGGAAA